UUGGGAACCCGAGCGUGCAACCCUAGAAGGGAAAAGGACGGGAAGAGCCUGAGCCGCGGCGCGGAGAGCGCGGGCGAGAGUCUGGGUGUUUGUGCGAGAGCCGGGGCUGGGGCUGCGGCGAGGGGCCGGCAUGGCUGAAGGCUGCGCUCCGCAACCUUGAAGCGCGGCUGCGGCGGGAGGCUGGGGGCAGCGAGGCGGGUGCGAUGGCAGAGCGCGGCCCCCACAGCUGCGCCGCGCCGGCCCGGCUGGCCUGAGCCGCCGGAGGAGCGGGGCUGCCUCUGCGCUUCCAUGGAGCAGCGGGAAGGGCGAAACUCCGGAGCGCCGCGUCCCUGCGCUGCUGCGGCGCACUGUUGAAGGGGCCGAGUCCGUGCGGACCGCCGAGGGAGUGAGCCCCCGCCCCAGCCCGCAGGCCGGCUGCCCGGGGGCGGCGGGGGGCGUCGGAGGGCGUCGGAGGGCAGCGGAGGCGCGCGGAGCCAGCGGCGCCGCGGGAGAGGCCUGCGCGGGAGGCGGCCGCAGCAAUGCCGGGCCCGCUGGGGCUGCUCUGCUUCCUCGCCCUGGGGCUGCUCGGCUCGGCCGGGCCCAGCGGCGCGGCGCCGCCUCUCUGCGCGGCGCCCUGCAGCUGCGACGGCGACCGUCGGGUGGACUGCUCCGGGAAGGGGCUGACGGCCGUGCCCGAGGGGCUCAGUGCCUUCACCCAAGCGCUGGAUAUCAGCAUGAACAACAUUACUCAGUUACCAGAAGACGCAUUUAAGAACUUUCCUUUCCUAGAAGAGCUACAAUUGGCUGGCAACGACCUUUCUUUUAUCCACCCAAAGGCCUUGUCCGGGUUGAAAGAACUCAAAGUUCUAACCCUCCAGAACAAUCAGUUGAAAACAGUACCCAGUGAAGCCAUUCGAGGACUUAGUGCUUUGCAGUCUUUGCGUUUAGAUGCCAACCAUAUUACUUCAGUCCCAGAGGACAGUUUCGAAGGGCUUGUUCAGUUACGGCAUCUGUGGCUGGAUGACAACAGCCUGACGGAGGUGCCUGUGCGUCCCCUCAGCAAUCUGCCAACUCUGCAGGCGCUGACCUUGGCUCUCAACAAAAUCUCAAGCAUCCCUGACUUUGCAUUUACCAACCUUUCGAGCCUAGUGGUUCUGCAUCUUCAUAACAACAAAAUUAAAAGCCUGGGUCAACACUGUUUUGAUGGACUAGAUAACCUGGAGACUUUGGACUUGAAUUAUAAUAACUUGGAAGAAUUUCCUCAGGCUAUUAAAGCCCUUCCUAGCUUAAAAGAGCUGGGAUUUCAUAGUAAUUCUAUUUCUGUUAUCCCUGAUGGAGCAUUUGGUGGUAAUCCACUCUUAAGAACUAUACAUUUGUAUGAUAAUCCUCUAUCUUUUGUGGGGAACUCGGCAUUUCACAAUUUAUCUGAUCUGCAUUCCUUAGUCAUUCGUGGUGCAAGCAUGGUGCAGUGGUUUCCCAACCUUACUGGAACUGUCCAUCUGGAGAGUCUGACCUUGACAGGUACAAAGAUAAGCAGCAUACCUAAUAAUUUGUGUCAAGAACAAAAGAUGCUUAGGACUUUGGACUUGUCUUACAACAAUAUAAAAGACCUUCCAAGCUUUAAUGGAGAUCUGAGUAGAAACCUGAUCCAUGAAAUUCACAGCAGAGCUUUUGCCAAACUUGGGCCAAUAACUAACCUAGAUGUAAGUUUCAACGAAUUAACUUCAUUUCCUUCGGAAGGCCUGAAUGGGCUAAAUCAAUUGAAACUUGUAGGCAACUUCAAGCUGAAAGAAGCCUUAACAGCAAAAGACUUUGUUAAUCUCAGGUCUUUAUCAGUACCAUAUGCUUAUCAGUGCUGUGCAUUUUGGGGUUGUGAAUCAUAUGCAAAUUUAAACACAGAAGAUAACAGCCUCCAAGACCACAGUGUGGCAAAGGAAAAAGGUACUGCUGAUGCAGCAAAUGUCACAAGCAAUGCUGAAAAUGAGGAACAUAGUCAAAUAAUUAUCCACUGUACACCCUCAACAGGUGCUUUUAAGCCCUGUGAAUAUUUGCUGGGAAGCUGGAUGAUUCGUCUUACUGUGUGGUUCAUUUUCUUGGUUGCAUUGUUUUUCAACCUACUUGUCAUUUUAACAACAUUUGCAUCUUAUACUUCACUGCCUUCCUCCAAAUUGUUCAUAGGCUUGAUUUCUGUGUCUAACUUAUUCAUGGGAAUCUAUACUGGCAUCUUAACUUUUCUUGAUGCUGUGUCCUGGGGCAGAUUUGCUGAAUUUGGCAUUUGGUGGGAGACUGGCAAUGGCUGCAAAGCAGCUGGGUUUCUUGCAGUUUUCUCCUCAGAAAGUGCCAUAUUUUUAUUAAUGCUAGCGACUGUUGAAAGAAGCUUAUCUGCAAAAGAUAUAAUGAAAAAUGGGAAAAGCAAUCAUCUCAAACAGUUCCGAGUUGCUGUCCUUUUUGCUUUCCUGUGUGCCGCAGUAGCAGGCUGUUUUCCCCUUUUCCAUAGAGGGGAAUAUUCUGCAUCACCCCUGUGCUUGCCGUUUCCUACUGGAGAAGCACCAUCGUUAGGAUUUACUGUAACCUUAGUGCUAUUAAACUCACUCGCAUUUUUAUUAAUGGCCAUUAUCUACACUAAACUGUACUGCAACUUGGAAAAAGAGGACCUCUCAGAAAACUCACAAUCUAGCAUGAUUAAGCAUGUUGCUUGGCUAAUCUUCACCAAUUGCAUCUUUUUCUGCCCUGUUGCAUUCUUCUCAUUUGCACCAUUGAUCACUGCAAUCUCUAUCAGCCCUGAAAUAAUGAAGUCUGUUACUCUGAUAUUUUUUCCAUUGCCUGCUUGCCUGAAUCCAGUCCUGUAUGUUUUCUUCAACCCAAAGUUUAAAGAAGACUGGAAGUUACUGAAGCGACGUGUUACCAGGAAAAAUGGGUCAGUUUCAGUUUCCAUCAGUAGCCAAGGCGGUUGUGUGGAACAGGAUUUCUACUACGACUGUGGCAUGUACUCACACUUGCAGGGUAACCUGACUGUGUGCGACUGCUGCGAAUCAUUUCUUCUGACAAAGCCAGUAUCGUGCAAACACUUAAUAAAAUCACACAGCUGUCCUGCACUGGCAGUGGCUUCUUGCCAAAGACCGGAGGGCUAUUGGUCUGACUGCGGCACACAGUCAGCCCACUCUGAUUAUGCAGAUGAAGAAGACUCCUUUGUCUCAGACAGUUCUGACCAGGUGCAGGCCUGUGGACGAGCCUGCUUCUACCAGAGUCGAGGAUUCCCUUUGGUGCGCUAUGCUUACAAUCUACCGAGAGUUAAAGACUGAACACGCUGUGUUUGUAACCAUUUCCCCCAUCAACCAAAAAUCACAAUGUUUAUAGAAUGAACCCUAUUCUGAUCCUUCAUCUGGGAAGCACUUCUGUAAUCACUGCCUGGUGUCACUUAGAAGAAGGGGAAGGUGGCAGUUUAUUUCUCAAACCAGACAUUUUCAAAGAACAGGUGCCUAAAUUAUAAAUUGGUGAAAAGCAACAUGUGGUCUGUUUAAAACAAAUUUAUAAGUUGAAAAGGAUUUUAGGUAUAUUAUAGCAAUAUGAUGUUAGGUUUUUCUGACCCAUAAGAAGCAAAUUUAUACCUAUUUUUGAAUUAAGCACAAGACAAAGAACAGCUGUUAAUAUUUUUUAAAAAAUAUUUUACAAUGUGAUUUUCUAUAACUGAAGAAAAAUUCUUGCUAAUUUUACCUAAUGUUUCAUCAUUAAUCUCAGGACAAUUUACUGCAGGGCGAAAAAAGGGAUUGUCUCCCAGCUAGAACUGUGAGAGUAUACAUAUGCAUGACCUUAUUGUGUUUUCUAUUUCUAUCUUUGACAUACGAGCAUCAUAAAUUUUGUUUAAGUGAUUUAAAAAUUGAAAACCUGAAGAUGUUUUUAAAACAAUAUUAACAGCUGUUAGAUUUUUAAAAAAUAGCCGAACAUUUGUUUUCAGUCAUUAUACAUUGCUUUGGUGCAAUCACAGUAAUUUUUUCCUCAGUAUUUUUUCAAUCACGCUACUAGGAAGAAUUAAAGGGCUAAUUUCUGUGUGAGUUUAGUAGAUUUGGCUAAACUACUAACUAUAAUAAUAUGGGGUUUUAAUAGUAUCUGAGGGAUCUGAUGGCUUUGGGGAAUGUUCCCAUUAAUAAACACUUCCUAAUGUCAUCAGCUCUACUGAUAUUUUCCAAUUUUGUUAGUA